GUUCUGCGGGGGGACAGAGAGAGAAAAAGCGCGACGCGGAGAGGAAGCACGCAGAGUCGCGCGGUCCGCCUCCCCCUCCCCAAACCCCCCCACCGACCCGCACCCGCACCCGGACCCGGACUCGAGCCCUCGCGCAGCCAGGAUGGUGCAGCGCCGCGCCGGAAGCCCCGCGCGCCGCUCCUAGUCACCUUUGGGAUUACUUUGGACUCGUUGGUGAGUUCGCGCCUGUAAACAUCGACGCGUGACCCCCUUUAUUUUUUAUUUUUUUAUUUUUACGCUUCAUUCGACCACCGCGUUGGACGCACGCAGAGGGAUAUUUCCGACAAUUCCUCCCCCCCCCCUCCUCUGAAGCCCCCCUCCCUCCCUCCCCACCCCCCGGUGCGGGUGGAUCUGACAGAAAUGAGUGAGAGGAGGCGAUCGGCCGCGGCUCUGAGCUCGAGAGCCCACGCGUUCUCCGUGGAGGCCCUGAUCGGCUCCAACAAGAAGAGGAAGCUGCGCGGCUGGGAGGAGAAGGAGCUGCAGCUGUCCAUGGAGAGCCUCGCCGCGGACGGAGAGGACCCGGCGCACUGCCUGGACAUGGACCCGG